AUGACGACUCCAUCCCUCAGCCUAGAAGAAUGGCGCGCCCAGGUCUCAGCCAUGAAAUCAGCCGUCGCCUCGGCCAACCUCAAACCAUCACCCCCGACGAACAGCGACAACGAAGGCGACUGGACAGACGACGAGAUUGAGCCCCGGCACCCCAGAAACGGGGACAUCUGGGACUUCAUCUCGGACGACGACGACCUCCUCUCCGACAGUGAUGACUCUAAGGACAUCUCCAGCGGUGGUGACGACCAGUUCAGCGGCCGGCCUUCCAGUUCGGAAACGGUUUACGACCUGAACUGGUUGGCGGCGAAAUGCCAAAACCACCCCUCCGGUCUUGACGCCCAAGCAUUAGAGGGGCAGAUUCUGGAAAUUUUGACAGCGGGAAAGAGGUCGGAAGAGGAGGUGCAAAGCCAACUGACUGACCUGAUCGGUUUUGACGACUUGGACUUUGUGGUCGAGUUGUCUCUGCACAGGGGCGAGGUUGUUGCCGCUGCUGCCUCAGAGAGGUCUGGCACCCGGUUGCUGACAAAAGCUCAGAGGCAGGAGCAGUUACGGGAAAGGGAUCGGUUGCACAAGGGCCGAAAGUUGCAACAGGCACGGGAAAAGGAGGAGGAGUACCCCCACGUUUACAAACAAUACCAUGGUGGAAACACGCUGUCGCACAGCGGGCACAAGUACAAGCUCCCACCCAACAGCCAGAGGUUGGAGUUUGAAAAGCACGAGGAGUAUGUCAUCCCCGCGGGGCGGGCGGGGACGCUGUGGCCGGGGCACAGGCUUGUCAGCAUCAAGGAGCUGGAUGGGCUUUGCCGGGGGACGUUUAGGGGGUAUGAGAGUCUGAAUCGGAUGCAGAGCUUGGUUUACCCGGUUGCGUACAAGACGGGGGAGAACAUGCUGAUCUGUGCGCCGACGGGGGCGGGAAAGACGGAUGCUGCGAUCUUGACUGUGCUGCAGACGGUGGGGCAGUAUCUGACGCCGAGUCCUGGGGAGGUUCAUGACGCGAGCGAGUUUGGGGUUGAUCUGGCAGAGUUCAAGAUUGUGUAUGUCGCGCCGAUGAAGGCACUGGCGGCCGAGAUUACGGAGAAGUUGGGGAAGAGGUUGGCUUGGUUGGGGGUCAGGGUGAGGGAGUACACGGGUGAUAUGCACCUGACGAAGAGGGAGGUGGUGGAGACGCAGGUUAUUGUUACGACGCCGGAGAAGUGGGACGUGGUUACACGAAAAGGGACGGGGGAUACCGAAUUGGUGCAGAAGGUCAGGUUGUUGAUCAUUGAUGAGGUGCAUAUGCUUCAUGAUGAGAGGGGUGCGGUGUUGGAGAGUCUGGUGGCGAGGACGCAGAGGCAGGUGGAGAGCACGCAGAGCUUGAUUCGUAUUGUUGGGUUGAGUGCCACGCUGCCGAAUUAUGUGGACGUGGCCGACUUUUUGGGCGUGAACAAGCAGAGGGGGUUGUUUUAUUUUGAUUCGAGCUUCAGACCGGUGCCGUUGGAGCAGCACUUUUUGGGCGUGAAGGGGAAGGCGGGGACGAGGCAGUCGAGAGACAACAUUGACGAGGUGGCGUUUGAGAAGGUGAGGGAGAUGCUGGAAGAGGGGCAUCAGGUCAUGGUCUUUGUCCAUUCGAGGAGGGACACGCAGGCGACGGCCAAGAUGCUGUAUGAGAAGGCUACGGAUCAGGCUUGUGUCGGGUUGUUUGAUCCGAGUGGGAGUGAGAAGUUUGAGGCGGCGAUGAGGGAUGUGAAGCAGACGAAGGCGAGGGAGAUUAGGGACUUGGUGCCAAAGGGGCUGGGCAUUCACCAUGCAGGUAUGGCGAGGUCGGACCGGAACUUGAUGGAGAGGUUGUUUGGGGAGGGUGUGAUCAAGGUCUUGUGCUGUACGGCAACGUUGGCGUGGGGCGUCAACCUGCCGGCGGCGGCGGUUAUCAUCAAGGGGACCCAGGUCUACAGUGCCCAGGAGGGCAAGUUUGUGGACCUGGGCAUUCUGGAUGUGCUGCAGAUCUUUGGUCGUGCUGGUCGUCCCCAGUUUGAGGAUACUGGUAUUGGCAUGAUCUGCACGACGCACGACAGGCUGGCUCAUUACCUCACUGCCGUGACCGACCAGCUACCGAUCGAGUCCAAGUUCUCGGCCAAGUUGGUGGACAACUUGAAUGCUGAGAUUGCGCUGGGCACUGUCACCUCGAUCAACGAUGCCGUCAAGUGGAUCGGUUACUCGUAUCUGUUUGUGCGGAUGAGGAGGAACCCGAUGGCCUAUGGUAUCGACUGGUCCGAGUACAGCGACGACCCUCAACUGGUCCAAAGACGACGCAAGCUGGCCAUUCAAGCUGCCCGGACGCUUCGGCAAAGUCAGAUGAUCAUCUUCAACGAGACGACCGAGGAGCUGCGCAGCAAGGACGUCGGCCGUAUUGCCAGCCAAUACUACAUUCAACACACCAGCAUCCAAAUCUUCAACUCGCUGAUGAAGUGGGAUUCGGCCGAGAAGGACAUCCUCAUGAUGAUUGCCAUGUCUGGCGAGUUUGACAACAUUCAGUCGAGAAACAACGAGGCCGACGAGCUGUCGCGGAUGAAGGCGAACCAGCACUUUAUCCCGUACGAGAUCAAGGGCGGCAUUGACACACCGCAGACAAAGACCAAUAUCCUGCUGCAGGCAUACAUCUCAAGGCUCCAGCCAGAGGACUUUGCGCUGACAAACGACUUGAAUUAUGUUGCUCAGCAGGCCGGCCGUAUCUGCCGGGCUCUGUUCAUGAUUGCGCUGAACAGGAGAUGGGGGUACCAGUGCUUGGUUCUGUUGACCAUGGCCAAGUCGAUUGAGAAGCGGAUUUGGGCUUUCCAGCAUCCGUUCCACCAGUUCGAUCUCCCCAAGCCGGUUCUGAACAGCCUGGACGCGAAGGAGGCUUUGUCGAUUGAAUCGAUGCGCGAGAUGGAGCCGGCCGAGAUUGGGAAUCUGGUCAAUAACUUCAAGACGGGCCACAAGAUUGCCAAGUUGCUUGACAACUUCCCCACCUUGAGCAUCGAGGCCGAGAUUGCGCCCUUGAACCGGGAUGUCUUGAGAAUCAGGCUGUUUGUCACUCCUGAUUUCCGCUGGAAUGAUUACCUUCAUGGGACCUCGGAGUCGUACUACAUCUGGGUUGAGAACUCGGAGACGUCUGAGAUCUAUCAUCAUGAGUUCUUCAUCCUUAGUAGGAGGAGGUUGCAUGAUGAUCAUGAGCUCAACUUUACGAUUCCGCUGAGCGAUCCGCUGCCGAAUCAGAUUUACGUCAGGGCGGUGUCUGACCGAUGGCUUGGUGCUGAGACGGUCACUGCUGUUUCUUUCCAGCAUCUCAUCAGGCCGGACACCGAGAGCGUGUACACGGAUCUCCUGAACCUUCAGCCUCUGCCUGUUUCGGCUCUCAAGAACCCGGCCCUGGAGGAGCUGUACGCCCAGCGCUUCCGGUACUUCAACCCCAUGCAGACGCAGUUGUUCCACACGCUGUACCACCGACCAGUCAACGUUCUGCUGGGUUCGCCAACAGGCAGCGGCAAGACUGUGGCUGCCGAACUGGCCAUGUGGUGGGCUUUCCGGGAGCGUCCUGGGUCAAAGGUGGUUUAUAUCGCUCCCAUGAAGGCCCUCGUCCGCGAGCGUGUCAAGGACUGGGGCGACCGCCUUGCCAAACCAUUGGGGCUGAGGCUGGUAGAGUUGACGGGUGACAAUACUCCCGACACCCGGACCAUUCAAGACGCUGAUAUCAUCAUCACCACUCCCGAGAAGUGGGAUGGCAUCUCGCGUAGUUGGCAGACGAGAGGAUACGUCCGAAAGGUUAGUCUGGUCGUUAUUGACGAGAUUCAUCUGCUGGCUGGUGACCGCGGUCCUAUUUUGGAGAUUAUCGUGUCGCGCAUGAACUACAUCGCUGCGUCGACAAAGAAUGCCGUCAGGCUGUUGGGCAUGUCGACUGCUUGCGCCAAUGCGACUGACUUGGGGAACUGGCUAGGUGUGAAAGGGGAGGAGGGCCUGUUCAACUUUAGGCACUCGGUUCGUCCAGUGCCGCUGGAGUUGUAUAUCGAUGGGUUCCCAGAGGUUAGAGGCUUCUGUCCGCUGAUGCAGUCUAUGAACCGGCCUACUUUCCUGGCUAUCUUGAAUCAUAGUCCGGAGAAGCCCGUUAUCGUCUUUGUGCCGUCCCGUCGGCAGACGAGGUUGACGGCCAAGGAUCUGAUCAAUCUGUGCGGUAUGGAGGACAACCCGAGACGGUUCUUGAGCAUGGACGAAGAUGACUUGCAGGGUGUCUUGUCUCGGGUCAAGGACGAGGCUCUCAAGGAGGCCAUCAGCUUUGGAAUUGGUCUGCAUCAUGCCGGUCUGGUCGAGGGCGACAGGCAGAUCGCCGAGGAGCUGUUCCUCAACAACAAGAUCCAGAUCUUGAUCGCGACGAGCACGCUGGCUUGGGGUGUCAACUUGCCAGCUCACUUGGUCGUGGUCAAGGGAACGCAGUUCUACGACGCCAAGAUUGAGGCGUACAAGGACAUGGACUUGACGGAUGUGCUGCAGAUGUUGGGUCGUGCUGGUCGCCCGCAGUUCGACAGCUCUGGUGUUGCUCGCAUCUUUACGCAAGACUCCAAGAAGGACUUUUACAAGCACUUCUUGCACACCGGCUUCCCGGUUGAGUCGUCGCUGCACACGGUGCUGGACAACCAUUUGUGUGCUGAGAUUUGCGCCGAGACGAUCAUCACCAAGCAGGAUGCGUUGGACUACCUGACGUGGACGUUUUUCUUCAGACGCUUGCACAAGAAUCCGUCAUAUUAUGGGCUGGAGAUCUCUGCCGAGGAGCACAACACCACUACGGCUCAGCAGCUGGCCAACGAGUUUAUGAUCUCCAUGGUGGACUCUUCGCUCCAUGAGCUGACAGUGUCAAAGUGCGUGGAGGUUUACCCCAACGGGGAUGUCGACCCUACACCCUUAGGCAAGAUCAUGUCCUACUACUAUCUCUCCCACAAAACCAUCCGCCAGCUCGUCAAGAAAGCCAAACCCCAAGCCGCCUUCAUCGACGUCCUGUCAUGGAUGUCCAUCGCGACCGAAUACGACGAACUCCCCGUCCGGCACAACGAAGACCUCAUCAACGCCGAGCUAUCCAAGAACCUCCCCUUCCCAGGGACAGCCUUCGGUCUGCCCAUGUGGGAUCCCCAUGUCAAGGCUUUUUUGCUGUUGCAAGCUCACAUGUCGGGGAUUACGCUGCCGAUUACCGAUUACGUCGGUGAUCAGACUUCGGUAUUGGAUCAGUCAGUUCGUAUCAUCCAAGCCGGCAUCGACGUCAUGGCCGAACUGGGUUACCUCUCCUCUCUCAAAUCGUUUGCUUCCCUCCUCCAGGCAGUAAAGGGUGGCAUUUGGCCUGACGAGGACCCCGUCUCCUUGUUGCCGGGAGUCUCACUCUCUGCAAACAACAAGCGCAAACCCACGCCGUUGCGGGACAUCGCGAGGAUGUCCCGCAACCAGAACCAACUCGAUCGUCUUGCUCACGAGCUUCACGUCCCGAGUUCUGCAAUCGCCAAGUUCAAAAAAGCGGCGGCUUGCCUGCCUGAUGUGAAUGUCAGUGUCGACGAUGUGAGAAACACGUCUUUGACCGUCACCUUGAGGCGUCAGAACCCCAUCACGGAAAGGGAGGGGAGGAUCUACGCGCCAAAGUAUCCCAAGCCACAGACAGAGGGGUAUUUUGUUAUUGUUGGGGAUUUGGCCACGGACGAGGUGGUGGCUGUCAAGAGGGUGGGUUGGAGUGGACGGCAGGUUAGAGACAAAAAUGGGAAGAGAAACCCCGUUGAGAUUGGGGACAGGCCGACGGCGAGAGUGGUGAUCAAGUUGCCUGAGUGGGAGGGCAAGAGGAGGUAUGAUGUUUUGGUGGUGAGUGAUGGGUAUGUGGGUGUGGAGUGGGGGGUUAAGGCUGAUGUGCCGGGGAAGCCGGUGGUGGAUGUCGAUGUCGGGGGGAAGGAGAAAGGGAAGAUGCCUCAGGGGCAGGAAGGGGAGAUGAGUUGA